UUUGAAUUUCAUCUUUCUGUUGCUGGCAUGAAAAUUGAAUUUAGGGUGGGGACAUUUGGGCAUGAUCACAGAUGGCACUAAGAGAGUACACAACAGGACUAUUGAUGCAAGAACACCAAACGGACAGGGAACAGCACAGCUGAAAAGCUAAAGACUACUGGUUUUAGGUGUCUCGGACCAAGCUUUAGAAUAAAAAAACACUGGGACUGGAAAACGUCUACGUAACAAGGAUCUAUGCUCAGCCUUUUUCUACUUUGAACCUAACAUAUUCUAAAAGACAGAAAUCUCUGACAGACCAGAGAAAGAAGAGAACAUGUCUCGCCUUCUGUGUUUCCUCCUUUUUCUUGGUCUGCUGCUUCCAGUGGUGGUGCCUCUGUUUUGCUACACAUGCGUGUUCCCUGCUAUUUCUCCACUGGACUGCAUCCGCUUCCCUCAGAAGUGCCCCCCCGGCCAGCAGUGUCUGUCCAGCAGGGCCGUAGGGCAGCGAGGGCACCUGAGAGUAGUGCUGUAUGAGAAGAGCUGUAUCCUCCCAGCCUUGUGUGGUCUCACGGGAGAGAAAUAUGCUAUGGGUCUGAACUUCACCUUCACAAAUGAAUGCUGCGAUACUCACCUGUGCAAUGCGGCCCCACCACCCACCAGCAGAGGGAGCCUCUGGGCUGGCACAGCGCUCGCUCUUCUCAUGUUCCUGCGCUGGUGAUCUUAGUCCAACCCUCAAGUCACUUCAUGAUGAUGCUCAAGCUGGACCGUCUACUUGUAUUUGCGCAGUUUGAUUGGCCAUGACAUCAUUGACAUUCACUCUUCUUCUGUAGGAGUGUUCAGGCAGAUGAAAUGCCAUGUUGCCAACUUUAUUUCUAGCUAUUCAGUUGCUUGAGAUAAUGGAAUAGAAUAGUUUAAUCUUUAUUUAAGAACUCAAGCUAUAUCAUUUUUUUGCAUUCAUGGAAGUGUCACAAUAGUUAUUCGUGUCAUUAUUUCACUUUGUACUGGUAUAUUGACAUGAAGACAGAGGUGCACCAUGUUGUCGUGUAAAUAGAGUUUGAUUUGAUCUGAUGGAGCAUUCAAGAUGGUUACUAAUGGAAUCCUAUCUCUUUCUCAUGUCUGCACUGAACUUGGAAUUGAAACUAAAACGAGUAUAAUCUUAU